GAACUUCUAUCCGAAUUUCUCAAUUAAUCCACCUGUAUGUAUCAAGUCAGGUAUGUCAGGUAUUUCGUUCAUGCUUGGGAUUUCCGAGGCGUUGGACGUCAGUCACAUCCGAAUCAUUCAUGAUUGUCCUCUACUUCAGCUCUUACGAUUCAUGAAAUCAUAAACGUUUAUUCUGGAGACGCUGAUGGUUUUGGAAUUAAGGUAAUUGUUGUUAUUUGCAUAUGAAUUCUAUCAAUCUACAUCUUUAAAAAAUGCUGAUAUUGAUUUAUUAGGGAAGACUUCUAAGGUUAACCACCGAAGUUAUUGUAUUAUGUUAUUAGUUGAAAUACAGUAUGACCUUUGCCUGUUGGUCUGUAGGGGCCUAUAAAUUACCGUCAUUCUAAUCAUUCGUAUUCAGAAAGCUGACAAAACCGCUGCUGCUCUGAAUAUUUACAUACAAAAAAGAAUGAUAUAUAACAGAUUUAAUUAUAUUGAAGAGUUUAUUUUCAACAUAGUAUAUAUAUAUUGGGUAACGAAGGACGAAAUAUAAAUAUUUCUGAUUAAUCGUGAACAGGAUAAAAAAUAUAUCAAAGACUAGGGUCGAAAGAGUGUACUCGGGCAACUUAAAAAUGUAAACGUUCUUCAGCUAUUUGCUUUUUAUUUUAUUUUUGAUUCUUUGAACGUGUGACAGGGAAUUCAUUUUCAUUCUAUUAAAAUAUAUGCAUGCGAUCAUCAAGAUUUUAUAUACUUAUGAUAAUUUCCAUAAGAAAAAGUAUUUAGUAUCUUUUAAACAUCUGAACAUUGAAAGUGUGACGGACGCAUUCAAUAAACAUGAUGAUAUAAUCUUCUGUCAUGACUUAAGCGGAUUCCAUUAAGUUUUAGGAAUGUUUUUAACAGAUGUAAUAGGAACACAACUCCAUUGUGGGCUUACUUUGUCCUAGACGCGUACGGUAUAGUGACUUUAAGAAAGAUAGGAACAUAAAAACGGGUAAAAUGGGCUAAUUAUCAAUAUGCCGGAAUUUUAUUGGAGAUUCUUAUCAAACUGGGGUAUACAAAUUGAUGCUUGCGGUUUUUGGAAACAGAAGUUCUGACUAGAGAUAGUAUUAGCUUUUCACUGCCUUUAACAUUUAUUUUAAAGAAUGUUGGAAAAGCAAAAAUGCGAGAAAAUCCACGACGCCAUACUAUGUUUUCUCUACGAAUAGGACAGGCAGUGCAGCAUCCAGAUAUCAUUUACGGCAUAAUGUUACUUCUAAAAAAUGACAUAAUAAAUUAAUAUAUAUUUGAAUUUUAAUAAUUCGAUCUGGCAGAGAGGAUCAAACGGAUGAAUUUUUUGUCCUUGAGGUUAGGUCGAGACUGCCAUAAAUAAUUAAUGUGAUGUCUGUAAGUUUACAAAAAUUUUAAUAAGAUGCGGUAUGUUAGUGAAUACAUACAUCUUACACAAUACUGCAAUUUAAAUAAUCCCUCUUUUGUUCACUGUUUGAAUUUUUCUUGGUUGGAGAAGGAAGAGACGUUUUAUUGGUGUGCAACAAAUUUUGUGGUAGUCAUUAAUUUACCUGUUUUUCUUAAUUUUUCACAGACUUGUUUAAUAUUGCUUUUGGAAACUAUUAAAAGAAUGUUUUACAUGACAUAUAUAUGAGAGGGAAAACGCCCUUUGCAUCUUUCGUUCCAGCUGACUGAAAUACAUGCAUUUUCCUGCAGAACUUAAACGGGUUGUCGUUCUUGCAUUAAUUCUCUCCAAACCUGCUUCAGACAAAACAUUCCAAUAACUAUAUGGUUGAAGUACCUUUGCAAGGUUUUAGAGUUAAUGUAAUACUUUUUUUAAAAUAAAAGAGACAGCGGUGAUAGGGACGCAAAGCUUGUUGCUUCAAAAAGAUUAGACCAGCACAGAUAUAUUAAUGUACCGCAAGCGCAAACUUCCAAAGUAUCAAAGGCCCUUAUAAAUCUGUCAUUGUGGUUGAACUUCAUAUAUCUAUCUGUGUAUCUAUUCAUUAAAAUACAAUCUUCUUCGAGGUGGUCAUCGCUAAUAAACGGAAUCCCUAUCAAAUACCCGAUUUUUAAAAAAAAAAAUCUGGAGAGUAACAGAUUAAAUACGAAAUAAGACUCAUUAUACAGUCCAUGAGACGAACGUUAUCAAAACGGAAAUUCGAAUUUUAUUAGAGCCACAUAAAUUCUAAGAUUAUCAUCAACUUUAUUUGAUCCCAACUUCGACUUGAAAGUUUGGUGUCCAAUAUUAAGCAAUACAUCAAAUUCCGACAUAGUGUCACUUUCCUCCUCUGUCCCAUCUACUAUGAUAAAUUGUCAGGCCACCAUAGAAUAACUGUUACAUACAAAUUCCGACAUAGUGUCACUUUUCUCUGCAUCCCAUCAACUAGAAUGAAUGGUCAGGUCACUAUAGAAGAACUGUUACAUACAGCAAAAUUACACAUACAAUAACGUCUCCACCAUCAAGCUCCUGUAACUUUUAAUUAACUAUUAUUAAAUUACACGAUAUUUAAAACAGGAAACAGCGAAUAUUAUAGAUCUGAUUGUAAAUCCAUUUGAUGGGAAGCUGGGGAGAUUUAUUAUAUUACUGCUUUGUUGAUAAAAUUAAUGUCGGCAAUCAGUAAAUCAUUACUAGUAUUUGAAUUUCGUCAUAUUUAUGGACAAAAGAAUUCAUUUCACACACAUUCUUAUCAUGCCGUAGAACCGGGUCCUAAAUUUAUGAAAUUUACAAGUGAUGUAGCACCAUUUCUAAUUUUUGAUGUUUUUAAUUCUAAAUAUUUUCCAAUCAUGCAACAAAAUGUAACAUUAAUUUGAAAGAAGGAAUACUCUAUUUGAAACAUAUAUCUAAAAUAGUGUAGAACAUCAGUUAUUCUUGUAAUAUUACCUAUCAGAUAAUCAAUGAUUUUGGUAAGAUCGGUAACUUUUUUUUUUGGUGUGUAUUAUCGCUGAGUUUCUUGCCGUCCAAUCAGAGCGGCCGUCCUAUUUUAAAUCGCACCAGGUAUUCUAGGGAGCUUAUAUAGACAGGUAAAGUAUAGCGACACAAGUUCUGUAUGACAAGUCUGCUUAACUAAACAGCUAUUCGUUUUCACUUUUCCCCCUCUCUAUUUGGGAUUAACGGAUUAAUGGAUUAAUUGCUCUACUUCUUCUGAUGAAGCUAAAUCAACAGAAAAAUUUUACAAUUCAACCGGUGUGAUACACUGUAGUGGAGAGUACCGAAUUAUUGUAUGUGAUAUUCAUUUCUAGGUAUACGGUUUACAUGUAUAUGUAAAAGAGAAAGAGGAAAAUAUGCCAUAGAUCUUUUUUUUUCUGAAGAGUACCACUAAAUAUUUUGUAAGAUUUCGUCGAAACUGUGGCAGCUAUUGUUUUGAAUGGAAUUAUAAAGGACCAUUGAAUGGAGAGGUACGAUCAAGUGAUGCAUUGUGAAAUGAAUCUGUGGAUGGGCAAUACCUAAGAAUCAAUAUUGCAAAAAGUUUAUUUUUGUGUGUGAUAUUUGAGACCGCUGUAUUUAUGAAAGCCCCCGAAUCUCCUCAAUGGCCACUUGACGUUGGUGUAACAUGGCCGGGAGGGGAACCCAGGAUUGGUCGCUGCCCGCAGUAUGAGGAAAAGUGCCCACUCGUUUAGCUUUAUAUACAGGAAUUCCAACCAAUGAUGGAGAUUGUAGCGUUGUCCUUUUCGGGCUAAAGAAAUAAGAGACCACGUUGAGAGCUUUGAAAUGCCUGGAGUCCCUUCUAUGCUUGAAUUAGCGGAGAAUCACUAGCUACAAAGAAUGGAAAUUGAGUUUAAAGUUAAAGCUACAAAGAAUGGUGAUAGGUUGUUGAAGCUGCUGCUCAUUUUACUGUUGUGCUUAGUGAAAGUUUCUCAGGGUUACCCCAACUUUAACUUAGAAAAAAUCGCCAAAAAACUAACCGGGCCUCAAAGUUUGAUGAAACAAGCCCAUUUGUGGAACGUUUGUUCGCAAAAAUUUGUACGAAUAAAAAAGCCUGGCUCUAAGGGAGUUGACGCAAUGGGUGUGAAAGGAAAAGAUUUCACUCUUCUCAAAAUAACCUCCAUAAACGGCGGGUUUAUUCGAAUCCAAGGGAUGGACAACAAACUGUACCUGUGCUUUAAUAAAAAAGGCCAACUGCGAACACGGUACCGGCCUCCAAAGUUUGCACCCCACAGUUGCGAUUUUUCACAAAAUCUAACAGGGGACGGGUAUCAUACGUUCAAACUCCGAGACAGACCUGAUUGGUCAAUCGGAUUUAAGAAGAAAGGUAGGAAGUUACCCGGAUUCCUUCGACCUGGGCGUAAUAACGAAAUAUGUCAUCACUUUUCGCUAGAAAUAACCGAUCGAACUGUUAUAACACAACCUGUAGAUUUCGACAUGUAUCCAUUACAUCACUUUUCUAAAGACAAUUUAAAAGAGAAAAAUAGGUUCAGGAGCUAUAGGAAGAAAGGGAAGAGAAAAAGAAAAAUUCGUCAUAAUCGGAAAAAGAAUCGGCGAAGAGGGAGACGACGGAGAAUAAGGAAACCUAACGGCGUGGAUAGGUGAAAUAAGGACGUGCUUUUCAUAGGAUUUAAAACUAUUUUAUCGUGGAGGUUUCCCUGAAGGAGAACGGUGACACUUUUUCACAGAUGUUCUCCAGAAACGCUUCAAGAUGCCCACCGAAUCGGAACGAUGUGAUUUGUCUGGAGCGAGGGAUUCCGGGUGGAAUAUUUGGCGAUUCUGCUUUGGAAGGUUGUAAAAUGAGCAUAGCAGUGAAAUAACGUCUUUCUAGACCCGAUUGGGUCGCCAUUGUGAUAGAAAGAAGAGCCUGACUUCUUUCAAACAAUUAUCUGAAUGCAAUAUUUAUCUUGUAUCAGUCAUCCAGUGUGUAAAUAGACACAUGGUCAGGACAGCCAACCUAAAGCCAUUACUCAAAAUGUUCAAUGCAUUGAAAAUGUGGCGGACGUAAUUUUGUGCGCAUUGAUAUUGAAUAAGAAUGUGUGUUGUCGGCUCCGCACUAAAGAGAACGAUCCGUCCCGAAACGGAGUCAAAAAUCACAGGGGUGAUCACUUUUGAAGGUUUCUAUUUGGAACGACAAGUUAUUACAUAGGUUUUUUUCGGCAACACGGGUAUAUAUAAAGUGUCAGUACAAGUCCUGUGCUUUGGCAUAGUGGCGUCAAAUGUGUCCGAGUUUUGUUCACUAAACAUUCCGGAAAUUACAGUCAUAUUUGAAAUAUUUAAGUAAACGAUUGGACUGUUUCAAAUUUAUAAAUGCUAUUGUUGUCGUAAUUAUUCAUUUUGACCCUCAUAUAAAAUUUGUAAACCUAUGAAUGAGAAAAGGUAUAAACUACGAUCGUGUAUGAACUUAAGUGUAAUUUAUUCAUUAUUGCCAUUUGUUGCAUUUAACAUUUAUACUUCACAAACUGGUAGCUUACUGAUUGUUGGAAAUCCAUCGUAAAUAAUUAAUAUUGUAAUAGUCAUGUGAUAUGGCCAGUAAAAAGUGAGAACGAUUUCUGACUGGGGCAUUGAUGUAAAGUCAAACAUUCCAAUGGGCUUAGAAUAUGUUUUAAAAAUAGGAAGUGAUAUAAGUCGUAAUCAAAGCACUAGAAUCUUUUCGGAUUACAAUUUUCGCUUUCUAGCAGCAUAAUAUUGAUACGACAUUCAGAUUACUCGCACUGAAAUCCUUAGGCAUACUUGUACGUCGAACAUGAUUUAUAAAUAAAUUUUUAAAAAUAUUGGCCUUAGUGGCAGGAAUAAACCGAUGUUUUCCCAGGUAUUUUGGAAAAGUUGUGUCACUUCCACAUGACUUCACUUGUUUUAAAAGUAAUCACCUUUGUUACUAUUUAUAGAUGUCUUAAAAUAUUGAUGGUGCCUAUAUCGUAUUGAUAUACUAUGUUUUGUUUUGUUUCCAUGGUUACUGUUUGUAUAAGAUAUGUAAUUGUUACCAAAGAAUAUUUAUUACAUUUUGUAUAUAUCUAUGUUAAAAUUGUCCCAUAAAGCGUGUACCUAGUGCACAUAGUGCAGUAGAUACAAUUAAAAUUGAAAUAUCCAACAAUUA